CACGACGAUGCCAAUCAUAUGUUUCGAAGCCAUAUGACUGGCACGAGAACAGUCCCGAAGGUCUUUCUUGGCUUGGUUCACAGAAGGUCCGCAAGUGAGGUAGGUGAUGCUUGUUCUGACGGGCUAUGAACGAUCGCUGGUGUCUAUUCACUAUCAACGGAAGGGCUUUGUCACUUCACCAGUCGAGGUUUCUUACAGGUCAGAGUGAGUGAAGCAGUGACAGUGGUGACCAUGGAGGCUGCCUUUCUUGUUCUCUCUCAAUUGCUCACCUCCGCAAAACUCUUUACUUCGUCCAGCUCGAGCGUUUCAAAUCGUCUUUUGCAAUCAAGCAAGCUUACUCGAUUGACCGAUAACAAGCACCUCUUUAUUCUCAUCAGACUAUUACCCAUUCUCUGUGACACUAAUACCGCCAUUCGUCAGGAUGGGAGCCACUCGAGCAUUCCGCGGGUCAGUUGCGGCCAAAGUGAGCAACGGAAUCAGCAAAGCUUUCCUUGCUCCAGUUCAAUCAGAGAUCACGCGUCGCUUGCAUGCAGAUGGCAUCGCUAAUGGGCUCAAGCCCCUCGACAUCAAAUCCCGCGUCUCGCAAUCGCCCAUUCCUGCUUUCAAAGGUCUUGCUCACUUCCCCGUCACUUCACCUCGCAAGGCACUCAAUCAUUCCAUCAUCCGUCAAUGCCUCAACCUCGAAAAGCUUGUACAACAUUCACCGGCCGACACGAACGCGACACCCAGUACCUCUUUCACACCCACAACAUCACCAGAAAUAGCCGCACCGCCAAUGGAAAAACACCCCUUGGAUUUCAUGGGCAGACCAAAGAUCUACCGUGCACCCAAUCUGUUUGGGGGGGACUCCAAGUUCGCUUCCUGCUGCUACCGACCGGAGCCACGGACAACAUCCUGGGGUCUGGGGGACCACAUCCGUCGACUGAAAGCAGAACAAGAAGGCCGCCCCUUCCAAUGGCCACCGCUUGAGGAUGAGGAGAUGGCGCCUGUUGAGGAAGAGGAGGGUUGUGCAUGGUGCCGAGGAUGGGCAACGCCAAUGGCUGUGGAUCCUCCUGGUUGGCAAACCGUGCCCACCAUCCUUAUUCCCGGUUGGAUAUGAUGCGAUGGAUCUCAAUGGGAGAAGAGGGUAACAAGCUUGCAAGGACAUUCAGGAGGAUCUCAAGGAUGGUCAUCUGGCCAACAAAGGGGCUCGACAAUGGAGGAGGACGGUCGCCAGCAGGAAACCGAGGAGGAAGCAACGAUGAACAAUGCGGCC